GGUGUAUAAAGAGAGACAGAAUGAGAAGGAGAGAGGAGAGAGAGACUGAGACUCACACUACAGUAUAUUCUCUUCUGUGCUUUUUGGAACAAGGGACUGGAGUUUAACUGAGAAAUAAAACGGCUGCUCUGAUCUUCAACAAGAAAAAUGAAACUUCCUCAAACCGGAAUGCAGAGUCUCGUUGUACCGCUGUUGCUAGUUGCCGGAGCGCUGGGCUCCCUGCUCCCGGAGAUGGACUCUGAUUUCGGCAUGCGAGUUUUCCGAGAGGCGCUCCGCUCUCCGGCCGCCGAGAGGAACCUGGUCUUCUCCCCGUACGGACUGUCCACCGUGAUGGGCAUGGUGCAGCUGGGAGCCGCGGGGCAGACGUACGCGCAGGUGCGCGGUGCUAUGGGAUACGCCGUCGAGGAUCGCUGGGUACCGCAGACUCUGCGGAAGAUCUGCGCGUCGCUGUCCGGCGAGGGCGCCCUGCAGACGGCGAGCGCCGCCUUCGUUCACCGCAAGCUGCGUCUGGAGAAGCCGUUCCGCCAUCGCCUGGCCAAGGUCUUCCAACAGCUCCCCAAACAGGUCGAUUUCAGGGACACUCAGACUGCCACGGCCGUGGUGAACCGCUGGGUCUCGGACAACACCAUGGGUAUGCUACCUCACUUCUUGUCCUCAGACGCCUUGUCCUCUGAGACCCGCCUCCUUCUGCUCAACGCGAUUCACUUCCAGGGCAGGUGGAAGGUGCCCUUUGAGCCCCAGGAGACGCGCGAGCGGCUGUUCCACUGCGCCAAUGGCAGCUCCAUGCUGGUACCCAUGAUGCAACAGACUGCGCGCUUCCAGUACGGCGAGUUCGUGACCCCGGACGGCGUGGACUAUGAUGUCAUCGAGCUGCCGUACGAGGGGGACACGAUGAGCAUGCUCCUUUUGUCCCCCUUCGAGAAGGAUGUCCCCCUGUCUGCCCUCACCGCGGGGCUGAGUGGGGAGCUGCUGAGGGAGUGGAGGAGGGGCCUGAGGAGAGCCAGCCGACAACUAGCACUGCCCAGGUUUUCCAUCGAGACGGAGAGUGAGCUCAACGGGGCUCUGGCAGGACUGGGCAUGAGGGACAUGUUCAACCAGCAGAGAGCUGACUUCACCAGAGUCACCAUGGAGGAGCCCUUAUUUGUGUCAAAGGUUCUUCAGAAGGUGAAGAUCGAGGUGGAUGAGAAAGGAACCAAGGGAGCUGCAGCGACCGCUGCGAUCCUGUUCUCUCGCAUGGCAGUUGAGGAGAUCACUCUCGACAGGCCCUUCCUGUUCCUGGUGCAGCACAAACCCACAGGUGCUGUUUUGUUUCUGGGUCAAGUCAUGGAGCCGGCUGGGAAGUGACCCUGCAGAACAGUGAACACAGACCAGCAACACCUUUCAAAUAAUAAGAAUAAGAAUAACAUAUACCUGAACAGCGUAUAGAGAAAUCACUGAGAAAUAUCAUAUAUAUUUUUAUUGAAACAAACCAACAUUUGAAUAGGAAUUGUUUUUGAAAGUCUUGGGAGGGAAGAGUUUACAAUUAUUAAUGUUUGUAUUAUUAUUAUUUAUUAUAACUCUAACGCUAUAAAGACCUGUCACUGUUUAUGCUACAAUGGCGAUGCAAUAAUUCUGCUGUUCUAAUGGGGCGAGGCUGCUCGAAUGGGACCACAGUGUGCCAGCUAUACCCUUCUCAGAGGAUCCUCGGCAGCACAGCGACAGUUCUGUAUUACACUGAGGGGCAAAUGUGGCACACAGAUAGGGCAGCUACAACAGGGUGAGGCUGGCAGGACAGGACCGCAGAGAAAUUAAAAAAAAAAAAUGUUUUUCAAAAAGCUGGGUUUUGAGAGUAACUGCAGCCCGGCUUCAAUCAAAGUGAAGUCCUGCUUCAGCUAUUAAUGGGCUCUGCGGUGUGUGGAGUCACACUGUGUCUCUUUUCUAAGCGAUUCCAACUUCGUGUGUGUGUGUUUUCUCGGUGUGUGUGUGUGUGUGAUUUUUGUGUUUGUUUGUGGGCUUUUGCUCAGCUGUUAGAUAUUUUGUCAGGGAUUAUUAAAUUAUAAAAGUGUUUGUGGUUUUUUUUUGGCUUUGUGAUUCAAAAUGUAUGAUAAAGAAGAUUUUGUCUUUGGGA